UGUUCUCUGCCUUUGUCCUAAUCCACACCAGCAGGUGGAGCCGCAGUUAAAGUUUCCGAGUCCAUUCAGGGAGCGGGAGCCCAUCUUGCUCGCCGCCAAGGCCCUCGGUGGAGGAGGAGGGUCAGAGCUCGGGUGCAGCCAAUCGCGAGCAACGCUGCUAGUUAUCAGAGCAGAAUGGGCUGUAGUUUAGUGAAAUAGGAAAGCUGCAAAACACUGUGGAGUGUUCCCGUGUAAAUAAAAAGAGGAAAAAAAAGUUUCUCAAGUCGCCGCUGCACUACGUCGGGCCGGCGCCGCGGCGGGGGUCUGCGCUCUCCCGGGCGGCCGCGCGCUGGACUUGAUUGUGCCGCAACAAGCCCCCGUUCCCAUUGUUUGUUUUUUUCAAAAUAUGGCAAAGGUUCAGGUGAACAAUGUAGUGGUGCUGGAUAACCCUUCUCCUUUCUACAACCCAUUCCAGUUCGAGAUCACCUUCGAGUGCAUCGAGGACCUGUCUGAAGACUUGGAAUGGAAAAUUAUCUAUGUGGGAUCUGCAGAAAGUGAAGAAUACGAUCAAGUUUUAGACUCUGUUUUAGUGGGCCCUGUUCCUGCAGGAAGGCAUAUGUUUGUAUUUCAGGCUGAUGCCCCUAACCCAGGACUCAUUCCAGACGCAGAUGCAGUAGGUGUCACAGUUGUGCUAAUUACAUGCACCUAUCGCGGUCAAGAAUUUAUUAGAGUUGGCUAUUAUGUAAAUAAUGAAUACACCGAGACAGAAUUAAGGGAAAAUCCGCCAGUAAAACCAGACUUUUCUAAGCUUCAAAGGAACAUUCUGGCAUCUAAUCCCAGAGUCACAAGAUUUCACAUUAAUUGGGAAGAUAACACAGAAAAACUGGAAGAUGCAGAGAGCAGUAAUCCAAAUCUACAAUCACUUCUUUCAACAGAUGCAUUACCUUCAGCAUCAAAGGGAUGGUCUACGUCAGAAAACUCACUAAAUGUCAUGUUAGAAUCCCACAUGGACUGCAUGUGACCACCUGCCAUCCCUCUAGUACAAAUUAAGCUAUAAAAACACACAGAACUAUUUCCCUGAAAUUCCAUUAAGUCAUAGUCAAGACACAAUGUGAAGAAUUUGUUUUAAAAACAUCCUGUAGAAAGUUUAUAAGAAAACCAGUAUUUGAGCAAAUUGUGGAAUAUAAAUACAACUAUUUUUAAGUAACUUUUUUCUCUAAUGUGUUAUUUUAUUUGUUCUGAAACUAAUCUGAUUAAAACAUAUAUAUUAUUUUCUUCUCCUCUGAUACGUAAUUAAAGCACUUAAAAAGAAAUAUGAAUCAUUAGACAAGGUUGUAAAGAUGUCUUAGCCUCUUGGACAGUAAUGUUUAGACCACUGUUUUACUGGCCUUCAAAAGAACAAAGUUCACAUCAACUAAAAUAUUUCUUCCUGUAAUAACAUAGUUUGGUUCAGUUUAAGGGGUGAAUUUACAGUCUCUUGGCAUGUCCUUAAAUAAGGGAUUUGAAGUCAACUAGAUGCUACCAAGAACUUUAGGAUCUGAUUUUCCAGGCCAUCUUGAAGCUUCCUAUGGCUACUACUAGAGUUCACAUAAUGUUAAAUAGUAUUCAGUUUGGUUUCUAAGAUAAUGACAAAUGUGGUUAAUUGUUUAUGAAGUUUUCUGGCUAUGGUUUUUGUUUUUUUGUAACAGUUUAGGACAUCAGAACACUCCUUGAGUCAUGCAUCAUUAUUACCCAGUGAACGCAACACGUCAAGAGCAUAUACAGACUCCCUGAGUUUAAGAAUAGACUAUAGUAAAUUAGAUUUAUAAAAAUACUAUAAACUUAACUCUUUAAAACUGUUUUCAUAGAUCAUUUGUUAGCAGCAUUUAUAUAAAAACAGUAGAUUUGGGGAGGUAUACAUAGCUUUAUCAUAAUAGAUAAGUCACUAUUUUGGAAACAUUUUCACACAUGUAGUACUCUUCUCCAUAUUCCCUGACACUCAUGCAGAAUACAAUUAGGCAUAUUUGUGAUGAACAUAUUCUAAGCUUUUCCAGAUAAUUCUUUUUAAAGUAAUCUUUGAAAGGAAUUCAUUUAAUGGGCCAAAAGGUUCUUUGAUGAGAGCUAAGUCCUUCCUCAGAAAGUUUCUUAUGCUCCAUUAAAUUAAGUGUAGAAUAUUCUCAUUACUCUUGCUGCUAAGCAAGACAUCAGCCAUAUGAUGCAGAGUUAUGCAGUGCCUUCAUAUCUAAAACUUUUAUACUGCACUUUUUAAAGCUUUUAUUUUGAGGAAGGGAAAAGGGCAUUUGUCUGAAUAUGGAAUAUAAGUUGUACAUAUUUCCUGUCAUUCUAAAAAAGUGAAUUUGUGAUACAAAAUUUUGCUAAAUGUUAAACUUUGAAAUUUAAUAUACCAGAUUAUUAAAAUACUGUCCACUAACUAGUUCAUAGACUUUAAAAGUAAAACACAUCCUACUGUUAAAAUUAUAUGAAGAAAAUUUCAUUGUCUAAUUGCAAUUAAAAGAAAAUGUUAAAAUAUUAAAAUGAAAAUAAAAGUAAUACUUUCCAA